AUGUCCAACAACGUGAACAAGGCUGCUUCGCGCGCCAUAAUCAGCAAGUAUAUCAACAAAGAGACGCUGAAGUACGUUUUCACUACUCACUUCUGGGGACCAGUGUCCAACUUCGGGAUACCGAUCGCUGCGAUCUACGAUUUGAAAAAGGAUCCGAGUCUCAUCUCUGGGCCCAUGACUUUGGCGCUCGUCGUUUACUCCGGUGUGUUUAUGAAAUAUGCAAUGGCAGUCACCCCGAAAAACUACCUCCUUCUAGGGUGCCAUAUCAUCAACGAAACGGCACAGCUCGGACAAGGUUUCAGAUUCUUGCAGUACAACUAUUUGACAGACAAACCGAAAAUUGAAGCUGCAGAGAAUACAAGCAAUAAGUGA